AUGUCGCUCGAAAUCCCGUUGAUGAGCACCGAUGAGGUGAUAGAGCUUGAUCCAGAGCAAUUACCAUCUGGAGAUGAAGUACUAAGCAUUUUAAGGCAAGAAAGAUCCCAGCUCAAUGUUUGGAUCAAUGUUGCUCUUGCAUAUUAUAAGCAAAAGAAGAUCGAUGAUUUCCUUAAAAUACUUGAAGCAUCCCGUGUGGAUGCAAACAUCGACUAUCGUGACUUCGAACGGGAUCAAAUGCGAGCCCUCGAUAUGUUGGCCGCAUAUUAUGUCCAAGAAGCAAACAAGGAGAAGUCGAAAGACAAGAAAAAAGAACUAUUUACUAAAGCAACUUUGCUUUAUACUAUGGCGGAUAAAAUUAUUAUGUAUGACCAGAACCAUCUAUUAGGUCGAGCUUACUUUUGCCUCCUUGAAGGUGAUAAAAUGGGACAAGCAGACACACAAUUCAAUUUUGUCUUAAAUCAAUCUCCUAACAAUGUGCCUUCAUUGCUUGGUAAAGCCUGCAUUGCCUUCAAUCGUAAGGACUACAGAGGAGCCUUAGCAUUUUAUAAAAAGGCAUUAAGGACCAAUCCCAACAGCCCUGCAGCUUUACGUUUGGGAAUGGGACAUUGUUUUAUGAAGUUGAAUAACCAGGAAAAAGCUAGAAUGGCUUUUGAAAGAGCUUUGCAACUUGAUCCUCAAUGUGUAGGAGCUUUGGUUGGUCUCUCUAUUUUGAAAUUAAAUCUACAAGAAAGUGAAUCAAACAAAAUGGCAGUCAUUAUGUUGUCAAAAGCCUAUGCUAUAGAUCCAAAGAAUCCUAUGGUACUGAAUCAUUUGGCAAACCACUUUUUCUUUAAAAAGGAUUACAGCAAAGUCCAACAUCUAGCGUUACAUGCCUUUCAUAACACGGAAAAUGAAGCGAUGCGAGCAGAAAGUUGUCAUCAUUUGGCUCGAGCUUUUCAUGCUCAAGGGGACUGUGUUCAAGCAUUUCAAUACUACUAUCAAGCGACACAGUUUGCUCCACCUAACUUUGUCUUACCUCACUAUGGACUUGGGCAGAUGUAUAUUUAUAGAGGGGAUACCGAAAAUGCAGCACAAUGUUUCGAGAAAGUUCUCAAGGCACAGCCAGGAAACUAUGAGACUAUGAAGAUUUUAGGCUCUCUAUAUGCCAAUUCACCGUCACAACUCCAGCGUGAUAUCGCGAGGCAGCAUCUCAAGAAAGUUACCGAACAGUUCCCAGAUGAUGUUGAAGCUUGGAUUGAAUUGGCUCAAAUAUUGGAACAAAAUGAUUUACAGGGAUCACUUAACGCCUACACUACAGCAAUGAAAAUAUUGAAGGAGAAAGUAAAUGCAGAUAUUCCAGCCGAAAUUCUAAACAAUGUCGCAGCUCUUCAUUACAGGCUUGGGAACUUACCGGAAGCCAAGAAAUAUCUAGAAGAUGCUCUGGAAAGGGAGAAAGUGGAUGCGGAAACGUUAGAUGCCCAAUACUACAAUUCCAUAGCAGUGACCACUAUGUACAACUUGGCGAGGCUCAACGAAGCGCUGUGUAUGUACAAUAAGGCUGAGAAGUUCUACAAAGACAUAUUGAAGGAGCAUCCCAAUUAUAUCGAUUGUUAUUUGAGGUUAGGUUGUAUGGCGCGUGAUAAAGGUCAAAUAUAUGAAGCGUCAGAUUGGUUCAAGGAAGCGUUGAAGGUCAACACAGAGCACCCCGAUACUUGGUCGCUGUUGGGCAACUUACAUUUAGCACAACAGGAAUGGGGUCCCGGACAGAAGAAGUUUGAGAGGAUAUUGCAGAAUUCAUCCACAUCCAAUGAUGCAUACUCUUUGAUUGCACUUGGAAAUGUAUGGCUUCAAACACUUCAUCAGCCGUGUCGGGAGAAAGACAGAGAGAAGAGGCAUCAAGAGCGAGCUCUGGCCAUGUACAAGCAAGUGUUGAAGAAUGAUCCUAAGAACAUCUGGGCCGCCAAUGGGAUUGGAUGUGUUUUGGCUCACAAGGGCUGUAUAAACGAAGCACAAGCAAUACAUCAAUGCUAUACAGAUGUACGAGAACUGCAUCCGCAAGUUCCGCAUGCAGCACGACGUGGAGUGGCUGACGUGGCUGGCGCGCGCGCAGGCGCUGGCGGGGCGCGCGCGCGCGGCGCGGGCGUCGCUGCUGCGCGCGCGCGCGCGCGCCGCGUGGCGCCGCACGACGCGCCGCUGCUGCACAACGCCGCGCUGGCGCUGCGCCGCCUCGCCGCGCAGGUGCUCAAGGACGAGCGCGAGCAGCUCGCCGUCGUGCUGCGCGCCGUGCACGAGCUCCACGUCUCGCACAGAUACUUCCAACGGCUGUCGUCCGGCGGCGCGGCGAUCGCGACCGUCGCGGAGGCGGAGGGCGAGGCGGCGGGCGCGGGCGGCGUGGCGGGCGCGGGCGCGGGCGCGGCGGCGGGCGCGGGCGAGCGGCGCGGCGCGGAGGGCGCGGCGGCGGCGGCGGAGGCGCGCACGUGCGCGGACCUGCUGUCGCAGGCGCAGUGGCACGUGGCGCGCGCGCGCCGCCAGCACCAGGAGGAGCUCACGCUGCGCGACCGCCAGCGCGAGCAGCGCGAGGCCUUCCGCAGGCAGCAGGAAGAAGAGCGCAAACGUCGCGAGGAGCAACAAGCGAAGAGUACAGUGGAGAUGCUCCAGAAGCGGCAAGAGUACAAGGAGAAGACGAAGAACGCGCUGCUGUUCGCGGACAUGCCCAGCGAGGGCAAGCCGCGCCGCGCGCGCCGCCGCGACGAGUACGUGUCCGACUCCGGCAGCGAGCCCGACCGCCGGGGGGACGAAGGGGGGGAGGGUAAGCAGCGCAAGCGCAAGCGCGACGGCGAGCGGCGCAAGGGGCGCUCGCGCAAGCGCCGCGACGCGCGCUCCGCCAGCGACAGCGACGCGCCGCGCAAGCGCCCGCGCAAGAAGGGAGAAAAGGGGAUCGGUCGUCGCGACAGAGCCAAAAUGGCUGAAGAGAAACUUGGUGCGAAACAACGUGCGAAAAUCGUUUCCAAGGAAACUAUAUCGACUUCUGAAUCCGAUUCCGAUGCGGGUGAUCGAAAGUCCCGCAGCCGGAGCCGAAGCGGCAGCCGCAGUAGGAACGGCAGUCGAUCACCGACUACUACUAAAGGCAGGAAACGGAUCAUGUCGGCUUCGGAUAGUGAUAGGUCCAAGAGCCGUUCGAAAUCACGAAGUAGAUCGCGUUCUGGAUCGGCUAAGAACCGCUCUAGAUCUAAAAGCCGUUCAAGGUCCAAAAGCCGUUCAAGAUCUAAAAGCCGUUCAAGAUCCAAAAGUCGUUCAAGAUCGAAAAGCCGCUCGAGAUCAAAGAGCCGAUCCAAAUCAAAAAGCAAAUCCCGUUCAAAAAGCCGAUCACAAUCGAAGAGCCGAUCUCGCUCUAAAAGCCGAUCUCGAUCCAAAAGCCGUUCUAGAUCUAAAAGUGGAUCUAGGUCCAAGAGUCCAUCGAGAUCACGCUCCAGAUCAAAGAGCCGUUCCCGUUCAAAGUCCAAAAGUCGAUCUAGGUCUAAGAGCGGGUCUCGUUCCCGCUCCGGGUCUCGCUCCCGGUCUGGGUCUAGGUCACGCUCCGGCUCGCGCAACUCCAGACCCGCCACGCCUGAGUCUAGGAAGUCUGUGUCGGCUAGUGAGGACGAAGCU